AGAAGAAGAAGAAGAAGAAAAGAGAGAUCAGCUUGUUUUUACAAAAAGGUAAAAGAAAGAAAGAAAGAAAAAGAAAAUAAAAAUAAGAGAAAACACUCUUAAGAAAAUUCUCUCGAAGAGGUCAUACGUACGUAUAUGCUUGGAUCUAUUCUAGAUCGCGUCCUUGGAACGAAAGAAUCCCACGCAAGGGGAGAGAGAGAGAGAGAAAACACACUUUUGUUUGUCUUUCUCUCUCUCUCUUUCUCUCUAAAAAGCCGUCUGGAGAUUGGCCGUGGCCGAUUGAUCGCCCAACGAGGCCUCUUCGUUGUAGCAACAAACCACAACCGUCGAGAAGAAGAAGAUGCUCGUUAGGUUAGCGAACACUCGUUAAAAUCUUACCACGCAUGCCAAAAAUAAAGGAGAAAGAGAAAUAGAAAGAUAAAGAUAAAGAAUAAGAUUGAGAAUUCGAUUGGAAAAUAAUUCUCAAGUCUGAAAGAUUUUCGUGGCAGUCGUUCUGUGAUUACUCCGAAAGAAGAAACGGUACGAUCGGUUUGAUACUUUUCUUUUGUUUAAAUACGGAAGAAAUCGUUAAUGAAAAAUUAUUCUUUGGUGUGAAAAAAAAAAAAAAAAAAAAAAAAAAAAAAAAGGGAGAGAAAAAGAGAGAGAGAGAGAGAGAGAGACGAAUUUGCAUGAAAAAAAAAAAAUAAAUAAAUAAAUAAACUAUUAAAUCGUAUCGAUUCUAACUUACAUAGUUCGUUAAAAAUAUUCGUUACGAUCUUGACCUAACUCGUCAUGAUAAUAGCUCAAAGAUGCUACUCAAUUGGAUUUUAUCGUUUAUUUAUUUAAUCCGAUCGUAUUUCACGAGUUACUCUCCCAUUUAUCGAGUACUCCAUGGCGUAUAAGUCGUUAUUCGUAUUACGACUUUGAACGAGGAUGUAUCGGGAGAUUGAAACGUUUUAUUUUAAUCGACUUUUUGAUUUUCAAAUGCAAAAGUAGAAAAGAAAUAUAUAUUUUGAUCAUUUGUGAAAUAAAAAUUUUUCGUAAGGAAUCUUUCAUCGUUGUGUUAAUAUUAACAUUGAUCGAUCGUUAAACGUUAAACGAUCACAAGAAAGAUUGUUUCCCACGGAAAGCGAAUGGACGACGAAGAAGUAAGAGUUCAACGACCUUGUUUGAUGUAAAGAGAGACGUAAAGAAAACGAGAGAGAGAGAGAGAGAGAGAGAGAGAGAGAGAGAGAGAGAGAAACUGAAGUGUGUAUAAGAGAAAAGAAAGUGUUGAAUUAAAUAAAAUUUUCCUCUCUCUCUCUGUGUUCCACACACACAUACAUACACGCGCGCACAUAUACACACACAGUCCUUCGAAAUUGGAUGGAUGGAAUAAAAAAAGAAAAAGAAAAAGAAAAAGAAAAGAGAAAAGAAGAGCUAGCUAACAUCUUAUCGGUAUACUCGACGAUAUUCAACCUCCUGAACUCUCUGGAGGGCUAAUUUUAAGACAGGAUCCUUGAGAAGAAGUAAGGCAUUAAACCGAGGAAUCCUCGUGAGAUGAUCAUCGGUCAUGGCGUCUUUAAGAAGAACGAUUCCAAACGUGAUUCUUCUCCUUCUUCUGUCGUUCUUAGCUACAAUGACGGAACGUGGUAUAUGUCGACUUAUCGUACCUACGAGUCCCUCGUAUUUUUUAAGAACGACGAAGGCCGUCAAAUUGUCAACUGGAAAUAUGGAACUCGUUGAAGAGGAACAAUGUUCCAAUCGAGUUUUACGUCUAACCUGUAGAUCUCUCAAAGCUUUCAUUUUCGUAUUGGAAGCGGAAUAUCAAUCUAAUCGAACGGGUAUUUGUGGAUACGAAUCGCAAAGGCUGAUGAUAGGACAAAAGAAGAAAUUCAAAUUGGGCAUUAAAAAUUCAUAUGUCAAGGACACGAGACAAUUACGUGGAAAUUAUAUCAAAGACGACGAUGAAGAAGAUAGAUAUCUGUUCGACGUUAGGGCUUCCUUCAACAGAAAAUGUUCCGGUCAGCAUCAUUGCCGGUAUAAUUUAAGCAGCGAUCAUCCAGGAACGACCUAUUGGCAUCCCGCUGCUUUAAGAUUAAAGUACGCUUGUGUUCCUGAGGUAGCGGUUUGUAAAUAUUGCAAUGUGGAAGUAAGAAUACCCAAAGGGAACGAAGGAGGUUAUUUAAAAUCCCCGGGAUAUCCAUUGUAUUAUCCAGGUGGUUAUUCCUGUGGUUGGACAUUCAAAUCAUCACCUGGUGAAAGGAUUAUCCUUACCUUUCACGACCUGAAUAUUCGCAGUCCAGAAGCUGAUGGAAGUUGUAUAGACGUCGUGAGAGUUCGAGAAAAAGGAAAUACUUUGUUCGAACGUUGCGGCAUCGCCGCUGGCAUUAAAAUUGUCUCUAAUUCGAACCUUGUGACCCUUGACCUAAUAGCCUCGACGAGACUCUAUCCUGCUCGAGGAUUCCUUUUACAAUAUCAAGUGUUGGGCUGUCCGAACAUUUCAGCACCAAACGGAAGCUAUAUAUCGUAUGAUACAGUGACGUCAAGAACGUUCUCGUGUAAAUCCGGGACUGUGUUUCCCGACACAAGAAAAGAGAAUAGAAUACUUGAAUGUAAGAACGGCAAAUGGAACGAGACCAUCGAUAAGCUGCCAACUUGCGUGGCUACGUCCGCGGUAAUUCUCAAGACAGAGAACGAACAUCAUCAUUUAUCGAGUCUCUCGGGUGAUAACGUUCUUGGUGGGGGCGUAAGAAUCGGUAGGGGCGAAGGCGCACUCGCAAACGGAAACGGCCAGGCUAUGGAUUCGGCGCAAUCUGCUAUGAUGAAGCAAGCGGACUACGUCGUAGAUGUCGUAUUACCAACCGUCCUGAUCGCUUUAUUGUUCGUUGGCAAUGCCAUUAUUGUCUAUAUUAUAUUCCAAUAUAGAAAGAGAAAAAUUCCAAUGACGGCGCAAGGAGAAGAGAUGGCCUUGAGAAACGAAGCGGCGGACGUUCCACAAGUGUGAUUCCAAAGGAGAAGACUAAUUACGUUUAAUGUCAAUUUUGUCGUUCAAGCAGAAAGUUAAUCAAAGGCCUAGUUCAUAUAUACUUCCGAAGAAUAAGAGGCGUCAUUUAAAUGUGAGCGCUCAAAAUGAAACGCUCAUUUUUUUCGCAUCUAAAUAGAUGCAAUGAUGUAUACGCUAUUACGAAGAAAACAUAAAGUGUGUAUAUAUUCUUUAAAAGUUCUCUCAAAAGAAGAAAAAGAAGAAAAAGGAAAAAAAAAAAUGAAAAAAGAAAAAAGAAGAAAAAAAGAAGAAAAAAAGAAACAGAAAAGGGAAUAAAAUCCAACGUUGCGUACGCGUACACCGUGAAUAAUAAUUAAUGCGUGUAUUUAUGUAGACAUAUAUAUAUGCAUAGGCAUGUAUAUACAUAUAUGUACAUACAUACAUGUUAUUAUAUAUUUAAAUGGGUAUGAUGUACAGCCAUGACAUUGCGUAUACUUUAACGAAAAAUGUAUUAUAUAAUAUAAGAAAAUAAUAUAUUCUAUAUUUCGUCCAAAUUGUGAAUAACUUAUAAAAUAAAAAAAAUGUUUUUUCGUAAUAGGUAAGGCUUGUCUGGCUAAAAAAAAAAAAAAAGAAAAAAAAAAUGAAAAAAAAAAGAAACUAUUAUCUCGAAUAUAGCUUAUCGUUCGUUUAUUCUCCUAAAAUUCGUAAUUAAAUGUCCAAACUACGAGAUCGAUAUCGAUUAUUUCACAUAAAUCAAUUUAAUAUAACAAAUUCUGUAAGAUAAUUGAUAAAAAUUUUCUUUCUUUUUUACAUGCAUCGUAUGGUUCCGUUCGACGAAUUCAUAAAUGAAAAAAAGAAACCGUCGGAUUGAUUAAAAUUAAAAAUAUUUUUGUAAUGGCUCUCCUAAAAUUUCCUCCAACGUUCUCACUGCAUUUUGCGCACAUUUUUCGGUAGCUUCGUCCUCGUCUUCCAACAUCUCCGCUAAAAAAGGUACGGUUUCCGGUAACAACGGCAUAAAAUCUUCUCCUAAUUUUCGAGCGAUUUCGACCUGAAAAGAAAAAAAAACGAAUAAUGAGAAGAGAAAAAAAAAAAGAAAAUAAGAAUUUUCUUUGAUACAUAAUCAAUAUGGCAUAAUGACGUUGUCAUUUGAAAAAAAUAAAAAAAAUUAAUUACGA